AUGGCGAAGCACGUCCGGUACGCGGCGAAGGUUGACUUGAACAAAGAUGCCGCUGAGCAGCCGCAUCUACACAACCGCUGGCACCCCGACAUUCCGUUUGCCGGCAAGAUUAAGAAUGGCGAGGUGGUGAAGAUCGAAUGUUUAGACUGGACCGGAGGGCAAAUCAAGAACAACGACAGCGCAGACGACGUGAGGAAUGUCGACCUGACCAAAAUCCACUACUUGACCGGACCCUUUGAGGUCGAAACCGCCGAGCCCGGCGAUGUGCUCCUCGUCGAGAUCCAGGACGUGCAGCCAUUGGAGGAGCAACCCUGGGGUUUCACCGGCGUCUUCCACAAGGACAAUGGCGGCGGCUUUCUGGACGACAUUUACCCCGAGGCCGCCAAAGCCAUCUGGGACUUCGAAGGCAUCUUCUGCUCGUCGCGGCACAUCCCGGGCGUGCGCUUCGCGGGGCUCAUCCACCCGGGCAUCCUGGGCUGCGCGCCGUCGGCCGAGGUGCUGGCCGAGUGGAACCGGCGCGAGGGCGAGCUCAUCCAGACCAUGGACGGCUGCGGCCGCAUCGUCGCCCAGCCGCCGCAGCCGCAGAACGUGCACGCGGGCUCGGCGGACGCGGCGCUGGCGGCGAAGGUCGGCAAGGAGGGCGCCCGCACGAUUCCCGGCCGCCCCGAGCACGGCGGCAAUUGCGACAUCAAGAACUUGUCGAGGGGGAGCAAGGUCUUUCUUCCGGUGCAUGUCGAGGGUGCGAAGUUCAGCGUGGGCGAUUUGCACUUUUCUCAGGGCGAUGGCGAAAUCUCCUUCUGCGGCGCCAUCGAGAUGCCGGGCGUCAUCACACUCAAGCUUUCGGUGAUGAAGGGCGGCAUGGCGCAGCUGGGCAUGAAGUCGCCCAUCUACCAGCCGGGCCCCGUCGAGCCGCAGUUCGGGCCGGGACGCUACAUCUACUUCGAGGGCUUCAGCGUCGACGAGCACGGCAAGCAGCACUACAUGGACGCCACCGUCGCGUACCGCCAGACGGUCCUCCGCUGCGUCGAGUACCUGCGUCGGUACGGGUACAGCGACUAUCAGAUCUAUUUGCUGCUGAGCUGCGCGCCUGUACAGGGUCAUGUUGCGGGCAUCGUAGACAUUCCGAACGCUUGCACGACCAUGGGAUUGCCCAUGGAUAUCUUCGACUUUGACAUUUCGCCCGAGAAGCCCGCGGAGAAGAGAGAUUUGGGAGCUUGCGCUUUUGCUAGCGGCAAGUAG